AUUUGGCUGUAGAGAAUUAGAGGAAAAGAAACGAAAAGGGAGGAGAUUGUAUUAAUGGGGUUUCGAGAACCUUGAUAUUGGUCAAACUUACUGGUCUAGUUGCUUUAGGGUGUUGUAUAAAAAACACAUAUCCAGGGGCAUAUUUUGAAUGAAUUCUUUUGGAUUCAAUAAACAGAAGCUUCAGACAUUAGAAAGGAUAGUAAAACAAAAGUUAUUGAAGAUUUGAUUUUGAUGGUUUUAUUUUGAGGUUGUUGAAUGAAAGCUUAUUGAUAAGGAAAGAUUGAUGGGUAAGAAGUCUAAAAAAACCAAGCAACUUUCGGUGGCAAUAGUCGAGGGUUCAUCAGCAGGAGAAGAAGCACACCAACAACAAUCUCAGCCUCAGACUCCUAGAAAGAGAGGUAGACCACGAAAGAUUGUUGAGAGGACUGGAAGUGAAGAAAUGAAAGAAGAGGAAGCAGCUGAAGUUACUGAGAGCCACUCAAAAAAACUAAAAACUACUGUGGAACAACAACAAAAACAUGAAGAAGAAGAAGAAGAACAAGAGCAAAGGCCAGAGGCAAAGACAGAACCAGAGCCUUCAUCAACUUCCAUUGGAAGCAUGAAGAAAGGAGAGGGACAAUCAGUGGCACCAAAGGAGCCUCCAACAAGGAGAACAAGAAGAAAAAGCAAACCCAGAAAGAGCAGCUAAAAUUUCUUCAGUUUGUCUUUACAAAGUCCGGUAAAUCCA